GGGAGGGGGUGGAUAUUGGGAAGAUAGCAUGCAACGUAUAAAAUCAUGUCGGAUACUACCUAGGCUAAGGUUGUAAUGUUACUAAUAAAAUUUAAGUGUUAAUAUAUUAAGUUUCAGAAAAGGCAGGACCAUAGAAUGGAAGUGUUGGAAAUUACAGUGGGCUUAUUUUUUUCCCUCCUGACAUACGGAAGGGGAUUUUGAGAAUAGCAGUAUUUGAGUCAAAUUUAGAGAGGAGGCCUCUUUUUAAAGUGACCUGUCCAUAUUCCCUGAAUGGAACUGACUGCCUCAGUACCACCUUAGGUUCUGAUACAUUGAUGACAGACCUGGAGAUGAAUAAUAUGCAUCCUCAUUUUUAUUGUGUACUUGUGACUCAGGUGUUCUCAAAGAUUAUAAUUCAUGAAACUCAUGAAGGGGUUGAACAAAAGAGGGAGGUAAGAGAGUUGUUGCUUGGCAGAGAAUUUGGUAGAAAUAGGAAUUAUUAGAAAAGUUGAUGUUUCUAUUAAAAUGAAAAACACUUGCUAGAGUUCUAAAUCCAGUUUCUAAUUCUAAAAACUUGGCUGUGUAGUUAUGUACAAGGCCUAAUGAACUAUUGUAGAGGUUAUAGGACAGAGAGAUCUCCAUGGUUUUAUAGGUGGGAUAUUUUUUGUUGUUGACAGAAGUAACUUCGUCUGAUUUCUCUUCCAUUAUAUUAUUUUAUUUUUUUACUUUAUACACUAAAAAUUUGGAUUAAAAAAUGAAAAUUGUAAGAAAUCAAAUGUUACUCAAAAAGUGUUGUUCUGAUCCCAACUCUGCAAUUCUUCUACAUGAAGCCAUUUGCCAAAGCUAAAUACGGUUUACUUAGGACUGUCCCCCCAAACCUUGUUUCUAUAAGCUUUGUCAAAGCUAUUACUCCAGGUUGUAGUGCUUGUUUUUCUACUUUCCUUUGAUCUAAGUCCUGUCUUUCCUUCGAAUUUUGGCUACUUACUGCAUGAAGCUUUUCCCAAUAUCUCCAUUCUUGGUGGUAAUUUUAGUCUAAGAAUUCCUGAAGUACUACCUAAUUGAAACAUACAUUUGAUACUUGGAUCAUGUUAUCUUGUAUUAUAACUUAUUACUCCAUUAAUAUAUCCUUGGCCGGGUGCAGUGGCUCCUGCCUGUAAUCCCAGCAUGUUGGGAGGCCGAGGAGGGAGGGUCAUUUGAGGCCAGGAGUUGGAGAUCAGUCUGGGCAACGUAGUGAGACCCUGUCUCUACAAAAAAAUUUAAAAAAUUUUUAAAAUUAGUAUGUCCUAUCUCUUUAGCAAAAUCAUUGGCUCCUUGUGGGGAGAGAGCUUGUCUUAUAUGCCCCUUUGUAAUUCCAUUGCCUAGCACAGCAGAUGUGGUCACUGAUAGGUUUGAUUCUGUGAUUUGGAUCCAAUGUCAGUGUGACAGGAUACUUUUUUUCCCCCCAUAAUUUAGGUUAUUUUUAUAUGACUUUAUGCCCACAAAACCCAAAGAUAAAACACACUAAAUUGAAAAUAAUUUCUUUUAUUAUAAGGUGAUUUGGUUCCUAUUUGCAGUUCUUUCUUCUUCUUUUUAUAAAGUAGGCGCUGUUUUACCUAGUUUCUUACGAAAAACAUGGUUUGGGCCAGAUAUCUUGACAGAAACCAAAUUAUACCAGCAUUUUUCUUUUAAAAAUCAUUGUUGAUUUAGCUGAAUUGUACUUCCAUGGAAUAAGCCCAAAUAAUUUUGUUAAGUACUGCAUGGUUAUGCAGCCAGAUUGUUUUAAAAUGUCAACCUUUAUUAAAGUCCCCUAAGCAGAACUUUAAAAAUACCAAUAAACAGUCAGUUGCUAUUCCCUCUCAGAGUAUUUCUGUAUCUCAAAUUAUUAAGCGUUUUAUUAUAUCAUUGUUUUAAAGAUUUCUAUAAUGGCUGCUGUUUGAUAGCUGUAUUUGUUGUGUUUGCUACAGUUAUCAAAUAUUUAUGGAGCACCCAUUCAUUUGCAGUGAGAAGUUAUUUUAAAAUGCUUUUUGGCAUUUAUAGAAACAGAUUCUGAUUUUAAAAGCUCACCAGGGAAAAUAUGUACAAUUACUAUGUAUCCAUAAAAAUUUUAAAAAACACGAAAAAGCUCACUAGGGAUACUUGCUGGUUUGCUAUAUUCCUAUUAGGAAUUGUUCAUAUUUUAACUGAUAGCUGUGUCUUCAGGGCACAAUUAACUUAAUAUUUGAAUGUAAGUUGUUAAGCAGAAAUCAGUUACUCUAGUUGAUGAAAUGUUUGAUUAGUAAACUUCAUGAAUACUGAUUUUAUUCUAAGGCCUGAGCCAUUAGUUUAACAGAGCACUGAAAUGAUUCUGCUGUUGCAUUACCAAAACAUUUAGAUACUUUUAGCAGGAAAACUAAUAGAUACAUAAGGGUUUUUUUGUUUUGUUUUGUUUUUUUGUUUCAACUUUAAAAUUUUAUCAUUUUAAAAUUCCUUAAUAUAAUUAGGGUACAGAUUUAAAAUGAAAUUUUUUUCUUAAAUGAUAGGAAGCAAAACGCCUGUAAUUAAAUAGCAUUGACAUUCUGCUAUGAGCUUAUCAUAGUACCAUUCUAACAUGAGCUUGAGGUCCUCACCAAAAUCUUGAUGAAACAUACUUUUUAAAGACAUAAUUUUUUAAAACCCCACUUGGUUCAAAGACAUUGUCCAGAGUUCCAGCUUUGGACUUUUACCUGUAGUCAGUCAAACAAUUAUCUGGGGUUAUGCUUGUUAAGUCAGUAUUUUAAAAAUGAAACACCCUGAUUUUGUUCACUUUUGUUUUUAUAUAAAAGAAUCUUUACAGUCAACAUGUACUUCUAGAUGCUGUAUUGAAAUUGCUGGCAGAGUUUAUUCUAUACAAAAUGAACAAUCUGGCCCCUUGUUUUAUUUGUAAAGGUUCAAUGUAUCUAUGCCUGCCUACCUCAAUCUGCAAGGGAGUGUCAGAAAGGCCCCGCAUUCGCCAAGCCAAACUAAAUGAUUGAAUCACAUCCUACACGAAAGUUUUUGGAGUGCUCCAGGCAUAUCAUGUGAAGUACGGAGGUAUUUAUAUCUCUUUUGGCACCAAUAGUUCUCGCUUCAGUAUUUCACCAGUAGGUUUUCAUUCAUCGAUAGUGUAUCAGUUUAAGGCUAAAAUAAAACACCUACAUUUCUUAGGGCUUAUUCUGUGUAGAAAGGAAACAUCCUUAUGAGUUUUUUCUUUUGUCUUUCCGAAGAGAUUCUAAGCAAAAAAAUUGUAACAUCUGUAUUUUGUUAUUGGAGCUAGUUACCUUUCUUUUUCUUAGAUUCUUUAACGUUUUGAGUAGAUAGCCAUAUUUGAUAAGCAGGUUGGAUGCUUCUUUUGCUUAGGAGGUAGGUGUAUUGUGUUAUAUGAAGACAGAAUGAAUUUAAAUAUACCCAGUUUGGCAGCAUAGAAAAGCUCAGACUACAUAAAACUUGGAGGUAUGGAACCUUUGGACGCAUUAAAGUUAACGUUUCAUUAGGCAAUGUGCCUUUGUUUGACUGGUGUGUAAGUCCUUCUUCCAGGUUUGUACGCUCUUAAACGCGUUAUUCUACCCUCUCUAACUCCUCCCAGCAGCAAAAGGGAGACACUUCAGCUGGAACAAAAUAGUGGAAGAAAUGGCGUCUGGGGUUCAGUGGGGAUUCGCAGUGUGUAUGCAAUGUUUGCAAGAUUAUUUUUUAUGUUUUUCAAUUACUGUAAAUAAAAAUAUAUCAAUGCUUAGUGUCAAGAAGGGAACAUUGUAUACCAGUAUAAACUCUCUUAGUGGGUCUGCAAGUUGCUUAACCUCUCGGGGCCUCAGUUUUCUCAUCUGCAGUAUGAAGGAGUUGGACUCGAUAAUCUUUAAAGUCCAUUCCUGCUCUAAAAUCCUAUGCUUUUCUGAAGUACUCUAUUUAACAGAAUGCAUUGCUUUCUCACUUUGACUAUUUGAAUUAUGUAUGCAGUACACUUACUGCAACUGCAUGUUGUCUAAAAUAGUUUUUCUAUAGGAUGUAUAUAAAAACUAAUCCCUCUUGAGCUGAUUUAUAAUGUGUGUAUAUAGCCACACAUAAAAAGCUAGUAAUAGUAGGGCUCUCAGAAUAAUACUUUCCAGUUGUCUAACCUUGAAUGUUAUUAACUCUUCUAUAUUACAGGAGAUACUACUCGUCAACGAAUCAAAUUCAGUGAUGACAGAGUAUGCAAGAGUCACCUUCUCAACUGUUGUCCUCAUGAUGUCCUUUCUGGAACUAGAAUGGAUCUUGGAGAAUGUCUGAAAGUCCAUGACCUGGCUUUAAGAGCGGAUUAUGAAAUUGCAUCCAAAGAACAAGAUUUUUUCUUUGAACUUGAUGCCAUGGAUCAUCUGCAGUCAUUCAUUGCAGAUUGUGAUCGUAGAACAGAAGUGGCCAAGAAAAGAUUAGCAGAAACUCAAGAAGAGAUUAGUGCUGAAGUAGCAGCAAAGGCAGAACGUGUUCAUGAGUUAAAUGAAGAAAUUGGUAAAUUGUUAGCUAAGGUGGAACAACUAGGAGCUGAAGGGAAUGUGGAAGAAUCCCAGAAAGUAAUGGAUGAAGUAGAGAAAGCACGGGCAAAGAAAAGAGAAGCAGAGGAAGUUUAUCGGAAUUCUAUGCCAGCUUCCAGUUUUCAACAGCAGAAACUUCGAGUCUGUGAAGUCUGCUCUGCCUAUUUAGGACUUCAUGAUAAUGACAGACGACUGGCUGAUCAUUUUGGGGGUAAACUACACCUGGGAUUUAUUGAAAUAAGAGAGAAGCUUGAAGAAUUAAAGAGAGUCGUAGCUGAGAAGCAGGAGAAAAGAAACCAGGAACGGCUGAAACGAAGAGAAGAAAGAGAAAGAGAAGAAAGGGAGAAGCUGAGGAGGUCCCGAUCACACAGCAAGAAUCCGAAAAGAUCCAGGUCCAGAGAGCAUCGCAGACAUCGAUCUCGCUCCAUGUCACGUGAACGCAAGAGGAGAACUCGAUCCAAAUCUCGGGAGAAACGCCAUCGCCACAGGUCCCGCUCCAGCAGCCGUAGCCGCAGCCGUAGCCACCAGAGAAGUCGGCACAGUUCUAGAGAUAGGAGCAGAGAACGAUCCAAGAGGAGAUCCUCAAAAGAAAGAUUCAGAGACCAAGACUUAGCAUCAUGUGACAGAGACAGGAGUUCAAGAGACAGAUCACCUCGUGACAGAGAUCGGAAAGAUAAGAAGCGGUCCUAUGAGAGUGCUAAUGGCAGAUCAGAAGACAGGAGGAGCUCUGAAGAGCGCGAAGCAGGGGAGAUCUAACUAGCUGUGUACAUUUCUUCAAUCCUUAAGCUUCCUAUGGAGUUACGUACUAUUGUUUAGUUCACAGCUGUUCAGGGCGACAGUGAGCAGAUCCAGACACCAGAUCCAGCUAGGCUAGAUGUACAGUAUCUAACUUUAUCUGAACUGAACCUGUUUUCCUUGAUGAUGCCUAAAACUACAUCCAUAGUUUCUGGUGAACCUGUAAUACAGUUCUGAAAGUACAGUUUUAUAUAAUAAGAUGCUGAUCUCUUUAUUCUUUCAAGUAAGAGUGAUAGUGAACAAAUUGUGUUACUUGCCUUGGGAUUUUUUGAACGUUUGUAAAAUGCUGUCUUCCUAGUCCAAACAGCUGCAGCUUUGGGCAUUUUUCUUUUUAAUUCUUCUUCCUCUGACUUUGUAUCCCUUAAUACCUACACUCUCCAAUUGUAAGAGAAAGGGGGCAGGGAAGCAAUAUAGCUUCCAUUCUAAGGCUGUAUUCCUGUUAUGAAUUACUAGCUGAUUACAGUUCAGAGCAUUGAUCCUGGAAUGUGUGCCGGAGAAAUUUAAAAUACUGGGGUUUGUUUAAUGGUGCCUAUUUAGAGUUGGAAGUUGAACAGCUGUUGCAUUACAUACUUUUGCUUUUUUAUUGAAAUUUUGAAAUCAAACUUGUCUUGAUUUUUCUGUUCUGUUGAAUUGCUAUGUUCAGGAUGUUCUUGGGGGGUGGGGGCAGGGACUCUUUUCGUAAUAAGCACUUGUUUUAUUUUGUGCGUGUGGAGUAUAAAGGCUACACCCUUAUUGUAAAAAAUAAUAAUAAAAUGAAAGAAACAAUCACCACCACCAUUAUUAAACUGUAACUUGUCUAGUAAAUUGUCACUAGAACUAUUUGCUGUGGGCAUUUCCUCUAUUCUGUUACAUCAUUAACAGUGCCUUACUGUGCAAGGCACCAAAGGACAUAAAUAUGUACUUGCAAAGAUUCCAGAUGAGCUGUUCACGUGGGCCCCUUGCUGACUAUAUUCCAGCCACUUAAGGGUUGUUUGUAAUGACCAUUAGAGAGAAGGACUGGACCUGCAGAAGAAACCGGGGUGUUUUUAUUCUCAUUCAACAAACCCAAAUAAAAACAGUAUAUGUAACCAACAUAAUGAGACUAAGUUUCUGCAUUGAAGAGGUGUAUAUCUACUAGUAACUUAAACUGUACUUGGCAGGUAUCACUUGUGAUUCUAGAAAUUCUGAGGAAGAAAAAUUCCUUAAGUAAUGAAAUUAGUAUCUGUGGGUAAGGUCACCUUUCAAGAACUGUUAAUGUCCUUCGUCCCCAAGUUUGACAGAUUUGAUGUCAGGCAUGUGGGCCUGUGUGAAGGUGGUGAGAGAAUGGGAAACUAAGGCCAUUCUAAGUGAUACCAGAUUACAUUAAAAAAAAAAAAAACCCUCAUCAAGUUCCCAAUUUACCAAGCUAUGCCUCAUUAACUGAGGGUUUUCUGCUGGAUUUGGUUCCACACAUGCAAUUUAUAUGACAUUUAAUCUGAGAGACCCAUCUGCCUCAGUGGCCCGUUUCCCUUUUAUUUUUGGUUGCUGAGAAAUGUUUUGUAUCUGCUUUGUUCCUGGUAGUCUGUGCUGUUCUAAAUCCUUACAAGCACUUUGGAUUUCAUACAUUGGGGUUUGGAGUAAAAUCAAAAGGACUAACUGGUUGGUGUGAGGAAGAAUGUCUGGGACCUGGCCCAUUUUAAUAGUGUAUCUGGACUUAGAUUUUGAACUCUAAAGCAUAUAUACAGUUGGAAUGGAACACUUGUAGAAGUAACACAGGUCUGUGUAUCAGUGGUUACUGCAGUUGUGGUUUCUAGGUGGUACAGGCUGCCCCAGCACGAACAGGGCAUGAAGUGCACCGUCACUGCGGGGCUGCAUGCCACACUGGACCACUUCAACUGCAUGGCUCUUUACAUGAUUGAUGCCACUGAAUUAGAAUAAAAUCUCAAAUCUUAAUAUCACUAUCUCAUACACAGUUUUUGGUCUUUCUGUGUUAGUGACUGGUAGAAAGCAGAACUAAGUAUGUCGUAUUUGCAAAAAACUUUUGUUCCUCUGGGGAAUGUUUUGCUAGGUUUUUACCUUCAGUAAGGUUUCCUUCAUUUUGCUGUCAUCAAGUAUUACCCUAAAGCUCCUUUGCUGAGCUUAUCAACACCAACUAAAACUAAGGAAAAAAGCCUCCUUUAAUAGGUACGUUUUAAAAUUUAUUUUAUUUUAUUUUUUUUGAGAUGGAGUUUCACUCUUGUUGCCCAGGCUGGAGUGCAAUGGUGCAAUCUCAGCUCACUGCAACCUCUGCCUCCUGGGUUCCAGCAGUUCUCCUGCCUCAGCCUCCCAAGUAGCUAGGAUUACAGACGUGCACCACCACGCCUGGCUAAUUUUUGUAUUUUUAGUAGAGACAGGGUUUCAUCAUGUUGCCCAGGCUGGUCUCAAACUCCUGGCCUCAGGUGAUCUGCCCACCUCGGCCUCCCAAAGUGCUGGGAGUAUAAGGCAUGAGCAACCCUCCCCACCCUACCCCUGCCAGGCUUGUUUUUUAAACAAAGACUUUACCUGUGAUUAUUAGACCUAAAACCAAUAUACCUUUAUCUUUUCCAAGUUCCCUCUUUCCCCUCCAUGUUACAUUUUAAGAAUCUAUUUUUAGUGAUAACUUUCAAUAUUGGCCUUUUGAGCCAUCACCAAGUAUGCAUUACAAUUUCCACGAACACUUUUGCCAUUUGAUGUAGUAAAUUCUUUCAAAAUGGUUUUUAGGUAAUGGUUAUGUAUAUCAUUUAAGUUUUUUCAAAUAAAUGCUGGUUAUAAUUGUUAAA